CCCCUUUUCCAGCCCCGUUCCCCCAAUUAUCCCCCUUUUCCAGCCCCGUUUCCCAAUCCCGGUGCCCACCCCGUGCCCGUUUCCCCCGGUUAUCCCCCUUUUCCCGUCCCUUUUCCCGAUAUCCUGCCCAAUUCCCGCCCCGUUUCCCUCCCCUGGCACCACCCCCCUGGCACGGGCCGGGCCAUGGCGGCCCCCGAGGGCACCGCGGGGACAUUCCAGGCUCUGGAAUGCGGCGGCGACGACCCGCAUUCCAUGGGAUGGGCUCCCAUUCCCGUCCUGCGCCAGGUUUUGGCCACCUGUGUUUAUCCCGAACUUUUGGACACGGACACGUUUCCCGAGGCCGUUCGGGGCCGGGCCCGCCGGAUCCUGCGGGAGAUGGACAGCGGGAAUAUCGGUGGGUACAACCACGAGCACCGAUCCCGGUGUGUUCCCGAGCGCGUGUCCCGGUUCCUGGAGCGGCGGGACGGGAUCCCCUCGGACCCCAAAAACAUCAUCCUGUGCAGCGGCACCGCCUCCAUCCUGCCGUUCGUGCUGUCCCUGCUGGUCGAUCCCCGCUCGGCGGUGCCCACGGGGGUCCUGGUGCCCGUGCCGGGCCCCCCCCUGGCCGCGCUGGCCGCGGGGCUGGCGGGGGCCGUACCCAUCCCGUACCCCCUGGAGGAAUCCCGGGAAUGGGCCCCGGACGUGGCCGCGAUCCGCCGGGAGCUGCGGGACGCGCGGGGCCGCUGCACCCCCAAAGUGCUCUGGGUCGUCAACCCUGGGGACCCCACGGGCCAUGUUCUCAGCCGCCAUUCCAUGCUGGCCCUGCUGUCUCUGGCGUUCGAGGAGCCGCUGCUGCUGCUGGUGGAUGAGGUGCACCAGGAACGCUCCUUCUCCCCGGAUCGCCCGUUCGUGUCGUUCCGCCGGGCUCUGGCUGAGGCCGGGCCCCCGCUCUCCUCCUCCAUCCAGCUCGUCUCCUUCUACUCCCUGUCCAAGAGCGCUGCCGGAGAGUGAGCGGGAAUGAAUGCCGGGAAUGGAUGUCCGGG